AUGGGGGAAGCAGUGCAUUAUGAGUGGUCCCCUAGCCCGACAAAUAAUCGGGACUCAGGUUUACUCCCUCAGGCUACUCGGCCUAUUUCAGGGUCUGGCUUGCCCGUGGUCGGGACUGGAGAUUCAGACUUGGUUGGUGACAUCUCAUCCCACUCGCAAGACUCCGAUGAAAACAGUCCAUCUGGAGACCUGAAGUUUGAUGAGCUUGAAACAUCACCAGACGCACACGACGAGUCUCCUCCACAGUCGGAAGCAGCAAGCACUCAAGCUCCAGGAACAGGAGCAGCUGAGGAAGGCGUCAACGACAGCUGUGAAGACGAAGCAUCUGGCGAUGCCGCGGCAGCAGCUCCAGAAGCAGCAGCAGAUGACGAGGAUGACGACUCCGACAGCAACUUCGGCCAUCUUGUUUAUGACGUUGUACAUAGUGGUCAAGAGAGCACCGUGACAAAUGCCGAGACCACAAGCGCCGAGCCGCAUGAUGCUCAUGCAGCUGCUGGAGAAUUAGCUGAGAAACAUAAAGUGGAAAGGCAAGGGCGUUCGAGGUGGAUGGGGCCGCUGGCUGGGGACUUGGAAACUGCCGGCAAGAAAAUAACGAGCGUCGUAGGAAAAUCUUAUGUGUCAGCAAACCCACGAGUAGGAGGACUAUCAGGUGAGGCUGCUUCCAGCAGCUCAAAGGCAUCUCAACCUGUGGAGAGCAGGGGUUAUAGAUCGAAGUUGGCCUUGGGGGAUUCGAAUUCUCCCCACUAUAAAGAUUUGGGAAAACCUUAUGACUUUCCGAAUCUCAAGGCAGACAACUACGCAUUCCUACGAGCAAAGCUACUAAUGCUUCAAGCACACUUGGAUAGCCUGUGCUCUCCCCAUGACAAACCAUUUCAAGCUAAGGUCGAGGCGGACUGUAAUAUACCCGGCGUUGGUACAGUGACGUUGCAUAUUGAGAUUGUGGAGGAAGAUGUGAAAAAUCAAAACUUCUUAAGCCAAUUUGCACGCGAUUUGUUGGCGCUAAUAGAAGAGCUGAGCCUCAAGGUUUUAAAGCAUGCACAACAGACAAAACGUAUGUGGACCUGA